UCAGGCUGAAGAGCUGAUGGCAUCUACCUCAGGACUUGUGGGUGCUGAGCUGCUGCAAUCAGGUUGCGGUAGCCUCCUGCCCCCCUGCUCACUCACUGAUGAAGACCUGGCUGCCUAUCCUGGUUUGGCUAAUCUCCUUAUGAGCUUGACUAAACAUAUGGACUCCAGUGGGCUCAGUACCAACUUGGCACAACAGCUAGAGGAGGCAAGGAAAGAAUUACAUCUAUCCCGAACAAGCUGGCUGAAGUGGGAGGCUCUACACCGGGUUCUUCAAGAGGCACUGAGGGACUCGGGGUCUGGACUUUCUGCACAGGAGAAAAAAUUUUUAGAAGUCCUGGAGCAGCAGCUUUUGAUAGGUGAACUGAGGCGAAUCCUUGACUUUGGCUCUUCUGCGCAAGGUGCGCAGCCGUCCCUCCUAGGUUUGGUGCCUUCUGACCUCUUGGAGCUUCUUCCCCCCAAUCAAAAACUGGAGGAGAUGCAGAAGCACCUUCCUGUUGAGUUGGAGAAGCAUCUUAAGCACAAGUGCUUGGCUUUGCUGAGUUACUUCUGUCCAGAGAGUGAUGGUGCUGGACAGAUUCCUCGGGCAGCUAUGAUGGGGACCCUGGCGGAAAAGUUGGCUGCAGAAAAACAGUGCUUGCAAGAGGCCCGUGAUCGACACCAAGAGCUCGUGGGGUUGCUGGAACAGCAGAAGGCUGCCUACCUUCAGGUUUUGUUACGCUGCUUAGUCCUACUAAAACGCUUUGCCCGUGAACAUCGUCUUGGCGCUCAGUCUGAACUUGACUCCCUCAAUACUCAGUACUUGGAGAUCAAAUGUAGUGCCAUGUUCCUCAAGAUACGAUUUGAAGAACUGAGCAUUCUCUUGGAAACCUAUGUACCUGAGAAAGUGGAUGUACACCGGGUGAUGAGGGACAGUCUGCAGGCAGCAAUAUGCCAGGAAGAGCAAGAUUUGGCUGCUUCCCGCAAGAUCCUCUCCAGCUAUGAGAUUCUGGGCCCCGAGUUUGAGGAACUGGUGAAGGAGUAUGCCCGGCUGCAAGCCAUCAUUGAGAACCAGCGCUGGGUGUUGAGAGAAUUCAACAAAGUCUGAUCGUUUUGAAUGAUGACCGUUCGCUGCAUAGUGGUUACUUUAUCAAAUACGUGCAGAAGAAAUGCAAAGGAAAUAAGCUAGCGCCCUGUGUUGCUUUGUUCCUGCUGAAAAGAACUCCCGGUGGCCAUUAUCUUGCUGUCUGUAACACAUCCACUCAUACUGUUCUCUCUGUACACCCCCCUCCUUCCCCCCAAAUUGCCAACAGCAUGUUGGGUUUUUCUCAGAAUCUGUUUCAGCCUCUCUGAAGCACAGAUAAAAUCCACGGGGCCUAUACCGAUAUCCCAAAUAACAGAAUUUCAUAUUAGCAUGCUGUGGCUAGAGAAAAAAAAAACUCUGUGCCUGUUGAUAAGAGUGAAUAAAUAGUACUGGCUGUAAAUAC